CAAUUGCAUGCCAUAGGACAUCUGGCAAGAUGAUGACAGAAACGGCACGGCUCUUAAAGAAUGUGCGAAGUGUGUUUAAUUUGCGUGCCUCUGCAUCAAGGGUAAAUACUGAAGUGGAACUAAGACAUGGUUUUGCCUUUUCGCAAGAGGAGAGCGGGGCUGUGUCACAAUCUGACGUUAUUCGUGCUUAUGACACCAAUCUGCCAAAGCCGGGAGGCAUGUAAAUACAG